UGGACUGGUGUGAUUGGAGGGAAACCCCGUGGACUGCAUUCACACAGACAGGCUGAGAGAAUCAGCUGUAGCUUGGCACGCCGAAAUCACUGCUAUCUGCUAGUACACAGUGAGCAGUCAUGAGUGAGCCACCGAAGGAGCAGGUGCAAAAGGCCAAGCUGGCCGAGCAGUCUGAGCGUUAUGAUGACAUGGCUGCUGCGAUGAAGGCUGUGACGGAGGAGAACAGUAAACUCUCGAAUGAGGAGCGCAACCUGCUCUCAGUGGCCUACAAGAAUGUGGUGGGUGCCCGCCGCUCUUCGUGGCGUGUGGUGUCCAGUAUUGAGCAGAAGGCCGAAGGUGAAAGGAAGAAGGCCAUGGCCAAAGAGUACCGGGAAAAGAUCGAGAAAGAGCUGGAAGAUAUCUGCCGGGAUGUGCUGAAUCUCUUGGACACUUAUCUCAUUGUCAACACCGAGGAAGCAGAGAGCAAAGUUUUCUAUCUGAAAAUGAAAGGAGACUACUACCGCUACUUGGCUGAGGUGGCUACAGGAGACGAUAGGAAAGCCAUCAUGGAAGACUCAAGGAAGGCCUACCAAGAGGCCUUCGAUAAGAGCAAAGAAGAAAUGCAGUCCACGCACCCAAUCCGUCUUGGUCUUGCCCUCAAUUUCUCAGUUUUCUAUUAUGAGAUCCUCAGCUCACCUGACAAGGCCUGCCAGCUGGCUAAAGACGCUUUUGAUGAGGCCAUUGCAGAGCUCGAUGCACUGAGUGAAGAAUCGUACAAAGACAGUACACUAAUCAUGCAGCUACUGAGAGACAACUUGACACUGUGGACCUCUGAUAACCAGGCAGAGGCAGAGGACACAGAAGAGAACAGAGAAUGAGCCAGACCCCUCCAGUCGUCCGUGUCUACCUGCCAUCAUCCCGGUUCAUCUUCAACAUGUCCAUCAACACUGAGACCACCUUAUUAUUAUUAUCAUCAUUGUCGUCCAAAUCUCUCCAUCUUUUUUCUAUUUAGUUCUCUCAACACUCAUCUCAUUCCUGCCGGUUUACUAUUCCUUCUUUUGUAGUAACUGUGGGAAAGGGUAUGGGGAGCGAGGAUAAGUUUUAAAUUGUGUGGCGGGGAGGGUCCAUGUGGAAGGAUAAAGUGUGUUUGGUUGCAUGUCUGCUGACUUUUUUUUUGUGUGUGGGAGCAUUAUUGCAUUGUUGCAUUAUUGAGGUGGUGGGUAAGAGGGUAAGUUCUCAACUCAUGAAACAUGCUGCAGGUUGAGCUUUUAGAGUCAGAAAACAGUUAUACUGUGUGUAUCCUAUUCAAGUAAAUGGCCCUGUUCUCGAUUGACACCGUCUCUUGAUGAUGAAUCUGGUUUCACAAUGAGGAGUCGGCUGCUCACAAUGUAAGAGACAGCAGCUGUUGGCUUGUGCUCGGCAGGAGGAAUGGUGGCAGAAGUAAAGACGGCAGAGGUGAGAGGCAAGGAGGAGGGGUUUUGUUGGAACACAACAGUUACAUUCCAUUUACUGUCAGUUGCUCAACUUUCUACUCUAUUAUUUUCUUUUGUUUUCGGGUGACCUGCUUUUUGUAUUUCUAUGUAUCGAUUACGAGGUAUAGAAAACUGAAGAACAAAAGAGCACACAAGCUUGUUUUUAUGAGCACAGCAGUAAAAAAUGAAUAAAAUCCCACGUGCUUAUCUAGUUACUGCUUUUUCAAAUUAAGAUUUUUAUUUGAUUUGUCUUUUAUUCUACUUUUUUUUUCUUUCAAUACUUGCCUAAACUGCAUGUUGGUAAGAAUUAGUUUGUGGAGAUGUAAGGAUGGUUGUGGUCGGGCGGGCUAGCUUUGUUCAUGUCUUUGGAAUUUUCAUACUGAACACCCAAGCAUAACUGUUAUUUGGGGGGAAAUGUGUAAUUUCAUGUAAGUGGAAUAAAAAAAAAUAAUUUAAA